AUGACAGGUGAGAAGAUCCGCACUACGCGAAAGGACCACAACAAAACGAACAAAAAUGAAGAGAUUAUGGACACGAACGAUGAUGCGCCAAUUCCCAAUGGUACGAGUAACCAUUACAAGUCCAACAAGCUGUUUCAGAAGUCCUACAAAGCCUCGGCUCUGCAACAACAGCAGCAACUCAAUGAAAACAACAUCAAUGGGAACUCUGCGUCGGUGGGGACAGUGGUGAACGAUAAUAACAAAAACCCCAUCAUCUUGACCAGUGAAAGUGUAGACUUCCCCGUCCACGAGUGUGUGUUCAGAGGAGAUGUCCGCCGCCUGUCCUCUCUCAUCCGGAGCCAUGGCAUCCUGCAGAAAGAUGUGCAUGGAAACACACCUCUUCACCUGGCCGUGAUGCUUGGACACAAAGAAUGUGCUCUCCUGCUCCUGGCCCACAAUGCACCUGUCAAAGUGAAAAAUGCUCAAGGAUGGAGUCCUCUGGCAGAAGCCAUCAGCUACGGAGACAGACAAAUGAUCACAGCGAUCCUGCGGAAGCUCAAGCAGCAGUCCAGAGAGAGCGUGGAGGAUAAAAGGCCCAAAUUACUGAAGGCUUUACGCGAGCUCGGAGACUUUUACCUGGAACUGCAUUGGGAUUUCCAGAGCUGGGUGCCUUUGCUGUCUCGCAUGUUGCCUUCUGACGCUUGUAAAAUCUACAAGCAGGGAACCAAUAUCAGACUGGACACCACCCUCAUAGACUUCAACGAUAUGAAAUGUCAACGAGGAGAUCUCAGCUUCAUCUUUGACGGCGACGCUGCUCCGUCUCGGUCCUUUGUGGUUCUGGAUAACGAGGCCAAAGUUUACCAAAGAAUACACCACGAGGUCUGCUCUAAAGAGUCCGAGAUGGAGACCGAGGAGGAGGUGGACAUCCUCAUGAGCAGCGACGUCUACUCCGCCACCCUGUCCACAAAGUCCAUCACGUUCUCUCGCAGUCAGAUCGGAUGGCUCUUCAGAGAGGACAAAACAGAGCGCGUAGGGAACUUCUUGGCCGACUUCUACGCGGUCAACGGCCUGGUGCUGGAGUCCAGGAAGCGGCGCGAGCACCUGAGCGAGGAGGACAUCCUGAGGAACAAGGCCAUCAUGGAGAGUCUGAGCAAAGGCGGCAGCAUCGGGGAGCACAACUUUGAGGCUGUGAAAAGACAGUCCCUCAGCACUCCGGCUCCAAACACCAUUUCCUGGGAGGAGUACAUCACAGCGGAACAUGGAAAGCCUCCUCAUCUGGGGAGAGAGCUCGUGUGCAAGGAGAGCAAGAAGAACUUCAAAGCCACGGUGGCCAUGAGCCAAGAUUUCCCUCUGGGCAUCGAGUCGUUACUGAACGUGUUGGAAGUCAUUGCUCCGUUCAAGCAUUUCAACAAACUCAGAGAAUUCGUCCAGAUGAAGCUUCCUCCUGGGUUUCCAGUCAAACUUGAUAUCCCCGUCUUCCCCACCAUCACCGCCACCGUCACUUUCCAGGAGUUCCGCUACGACGAUUUCGACGAGUCGAUCUUCGUCAUCCCCGCGGAGUACAAGGAGGACCCCUGUCGCUUCCCCGAUCUCUGA